AUGAGUGAAUGUUUGAAACAUCAAAAACCAGAUGAAGAAUGCAUGAAAUAUGCAAUUAUUUCUCACAACAUUGAUUUUGUUACAUUCUUGAUGAACGAAUACAAUUCAGAGAUCGAUUUAUAUUAUUGCGGAUUGUAUCAUAAUUUGGAAUCAUUUUUAAUUUAUUUCGAUCAAACUAAUGAUGUUAACAAAUGCUUUAUUAAUUCCACGAGUUUCAAUAUUUGGAAUCAUUUUUAA